AUGCUCGUGCUUAUUACUGUCUCUCUAGUCGCCUUGUUGGACUUGAGUGAUGCACAGUGUUUUCUUACGAAAAGUGUCACUCGUACUAGUCCCUAUGGUACAAAGGAAACAUAUUGCGAAUACAAGAAAUUCCAGUUUGCGGCUGGAUGUACUUUUCAAUUGGCCUCUCCAGAAUGUAUCAAGUGUAACUGCACAAGUACGAUGAUGAACUGUUGCAUGUAUGGUCAAUCGGCUAGCAAUGUGCAUGCAGAAGGUUGCAACAAUGCUGAAGUUAUGUUAUAA